AUGGAUUCGACUCAUUUCCUGAAUUGGUUAGAUCAAGCCUGCGCUCAAUUGAGAGUUUUGCAGGAUAAAAAUGCUCAGAUUUGUCUCAUACUGGAUAAUGCCACUUGGCAUUUUAAAGAACCAGAAGAGACAAAAUUACCAAAGAGAGGCUCUAGAAAAGCAGUUCUACAUGAUUGGUUGACAAAGCACAAAAUUCAUUUUGCUGACAAUCUGAAAAACUCUGAAUUGUUGGAAUCGAUUUACCAAGAUGCACUUGCAAAAUUUUACAAAUCAUAUCAAGUUGCAAGUGUAUAUGACAUUGAAAUACUACGUCUCCCAGUGCGUCAUUCGACACUCAACCCGAUCGAAUUGGCGUGGAGCGGAAUGAAAAAUUACAUACGACCAGAAGAAGCACGUGGCUAUUAUCACCAUGUCAAAAAAUACGAGGAUCAUUUAAAUCGGCUGAUCUCUGGGUAG